AUGGCGCAAACAUCAAAUCCAAAGAAUCCCUUGGACGUAUUGCAGGGCAUGAUCGAUUGCAUUCUUAUAGAGACUGGCAGAGCGCUUCGCACAGCAGAUAGAGAGGGGCCAAGGGCGCUUGGAAAUAUCCAUACUAGGCUUCGCUCCACCAUCCCCAGCGCCAUUGAGAACUUCCAUCAGGCGCUUGAUGACAUAGAAUGCGAAAUUGUUCGGGCAAAGGCUGUGCUGCUUCGAGAUCUUGAAGAGCUGCGAGCCAAACGGAUCGCGUUAGAAAACCCACCUCCAAAAGUUAUUGAGGAACAGAUAAAGGAUGAACCGACGGCAGAUUUGGAAUUGACUCAAGAAAACAGCGCGCCAGAGAACACUCAACCAACGCCUCAACCAACAGUCAAGGAGGAGGACGUUGCAUCUCCACCCGCCCCAGUACCGCCGACCCUGGAUCCGCCGAAGGAGACUAUUACAAAAGUCUCAGAUGAUUCAAAGGAGGCACAUGGGCCAUCUCCGUCAAAUGCGAAAGAGGUCAACGCAGACUCAAAUGCUGUUGACUUAGGUAUAAAUACCUCGAUUGCAACUGACCCUUCUGCUCCAGGCACCGCUGGGAUGGAGUCAAUCGAUUCUCUAUUUGACAUGCCUGAUGACGGCAACAAUAAUGAUGAUUCGGCUCUCAAUUUCGAUGGGAUGGACUUCUCUAUUCACGACUCAAAUACUGAAGGCAACUCACACGCUCAGAAUAAUGAUUUUGAUCUCUCCACUUUUGGAAAUAACCCACAAGAUUUCAACAUGACAGACCCUCAGACCUCAAAUAACACAGGGAAUUCAACUAAUCCCCCCGAGAACAAGCAGGAUGACAUGUUUGGAAUGAUAAAUAAUAACGCCGGGGACGAUAUGAUGGAUUUGGAUUUAAAUAUGCAGUCCGCAGAAGAGAGUGCUUUUGACAGUAUGUUCCUGAUUGGAGAUGAUGGAGGUACAAGUGGUGGCGGUGAUAUGGAUCACGGAGCUUUUGACAACGCGUUUUUCGGCCUGGAUAACUAG